AAGAAAGAUUCCAGGCUCUGGGAGAGGAAGAAGAGAAGUAGAGUCGUAAUAGUAAAGAAAUGAGUCGUUUCUUUUAGUAUUUAAAGACGUGUUUUGGAUAACGCCUUUAAAGCCACGUGAUGUUACCAAAUAGAGAGUCUUAGCACAUCUGGAAUUACACGUUUUCAUUUGUCUGAAAGGGAACUCUGAUGCUAAGCUAACGCUGUGGCUACAAGGGCUGGGUGUCCAGUGUUGUAUUAUUCUGAGAGAUACGUGGACUCUCUGUAAAUGGUAUCUGGUUGAAUAUAAAGUGUGACAUGAUGUUUCAAAAUGAACUGGACAGAUCACUUCUUGUUUAAAACUAGACUGUUGAUGUGACUGACUUUUAUUGUGAAAGGUGAACUGGUUAAGCUUUUACUUUGCUGAAUCUACAACCCUCCUGAUGGCUGCUUUGGGGUUCACUCCUGCUAGUGGGCAGGAUCUGUUCAGCAUCGAAACAGCCGAACAAUGCAGCUCUCAAACAGGCAGUGCACUUGAUGGGGAAGAGGUCAGACGGUUCUAUGAGAAUGUAAUCAAAGAUGGUAAAGGGAAAGAUGGAUCGAGGAGAAGUGCAACGAGCAAGACAGAUAAUGGCAGAGAGCAUCAGAGGGACAGAGAGUCCAGUAGAAGAGCGAGGAGGAGAGCCAGGGCUGCAGAGAUGCAGCAGGGUCAAACAGGUCAUGUGGGUCAAAGUGGGGUUAGUGGUGGAAGUGAACCAAGAAGACAGGCAAGCAUCUCAGAAAGGACCAUGAAGCUCCUGGGGCUCCGGCUGCUGCGUUGUGCCCAUGAAGGGGACAUCUCAGGCCUCAAAGACCUGCUCUCAAAAGGGGUCGACAUCAACACCCAGGACACUUACUUCUGGACGGCGGUGAUGUGUGCAAGCUGGUCAGGACAACGAGAUGCGGUGAGGCUGCUGCUGCAACACGGAGCAGCCUGGGUGGGAGUGGUUGAUACACAGGGAAGGGAUGCCAAAGACCUGGCGCUGGAAGCGGGACACAAUGAGGUGUUGGAGGAGUUGGAGAGCUAUGGGAGAAGUACACAGAGAGACACACAAUCUGAUUACAGUGCCCCCCAGCAGCAGUGGUGCGAUGUGUGUCGUAGUGAGUACAGCAGCAACCUGUCAUCACACGAGUCCUCCACUCUCCAUCAGUUCAGUCUGCGCCGUGCUCCACCCACCCCCUACUACUGCCUCCCCCCCUCCAGCAACAGCUACAAGAUGAUGGUUCGCUGUGGCUGGAAACCGGGUUCAGGACUGGGGCCGGAGGGAGAGGGGCCUCACCAGCCAGUGCCGACUGUGCUGAAGAGAGACCAGAAAGGCCUGGGCUUUGGUCACAUGAAAAGAGCCAAAGUGACUCACUUCCAACCCAGGGAUUGUGACGCAGUGAAACCACCGUCAAAGGUGAAAGAGGGGGGAGUAGGAAAAGGACAGAGGAAAGAAGACAGUAGGAGAAAGGAGCAAAAAGAUAAGAUCUGGGAACGAGAUUUCCGUGCCUCUUUUUAUCUUUGACCCAUGCUCACAGUGACUUCUCUACAACCCUCUCUAAACAUUAAACAGAUCUAUUACGAAAACAAUUUCUAUCUGCUUUUUUUGUUUACUUUUAACUGUGCAGGUGUUUUGUAAAGCUGCUGGGAGGUGCUUUCCCAUAGAGUAAUAUGAAUACCUUGACUAUCUCAAAGCUGAUACUGUGUCCAUAUAUGGAAUCAGAUCGUGCAACGACCAAAUGUGAUCUAAUCUGUGUUAUGAUUGUGUUUACUCUGUGUGACCUUGAUAUGGUUUAAUGUUCGGCUAAGACUGUUUCAAAAGGUGACAAAUGGAUUUUAUUUGUAUUUAUUAAAAAAGACAUACUCAUACCGUGACCCCUGGUCAUGGUUCAUGAUCUAUGAA